CUCGAGUCGAACAACGAAGCAGCACCACCCCGAAUAAGGAUCUGGAUGCAAUAGCAUAGCUCGCAUAUGGUACUGGAGCCUGGUUGUGCGAGGAACCUUGGGUUCGCUGCGGCCAUCCACGGCCAUAGGACUUAGAAAGUACUGCAUCCCGUUUGAUCUGCGAAGUCAAGCUGAGUACCGGUUGGUUAGUACUAUGGUGGGGGACUACAUGGCAAUCCUAACUGCUGUGGUUUUUUUUUCUCUUUCUUUCUUUCUUCCAGUUCCAGGGAUCGGUGAAUGCCCCCUUGAUGUCCCAUAUUCCUUUUCGUUCAAACACACGUACCACACACACCAGCUCGCACGACACGGCUUCAUUACCGUGAAAUUAAUAUUAUGUAAUGUACAAAAUAGGGCGGAAAGAACGGGAAGGUUGCAAUAACGAGUA